AUCUUUCUUUUUUACUUUUACAAAUAACAUAACAAAAUGUGGACUAGACAAAAAAACUCUAAACAUAUCCUGAUUGAAUUAUUGGAGCCUGUCAUCUUCAUUGAUGAGACUCACGAAACAUCCCCUGUGGUGCGUGGAACUGUCAUUAUAAACCUUGAUAACUGUGUGAUUAAAAAUCUUUCUAUUCAAUUUGACGGUUUAAAGAAGACACAAUGGAGAAAAGAUUCAAAAGUGCAGCAACUAGUGUCGAAGGAUCUUCAAAUCCCUGCUACUACUGGUACAACUAAAUUCCCAUUUGAAAUGCCACUACCCUCAGGCAUUCCCGAAUCUGUGAAGUCAUCAGAUAUCCAAGUUGAAUAUACCAUGUCCGUACGUCUCCUUUACAAAAAGAUGAAUAUUCCCACUGUUCAACAUGAAGAGUCCACAAAAGCCAUUGUAUUGGCAAGAUUACCCGAACGUCAAUAUCACCCAUUAGCUACUCAAAAGCAAUUCGCUGAUUGGUGUAAAUAUCGAAUCUCCAUUGACAAAAAAUCCGUCGCGCUUGGCUCAAAACUCGGUAUUAAGUUUGAAAUCUCACCUUUAAUACAAGGAUUCAGAUUGAAGCAAAUAUUUGUCCAAGUACUUGAACGUCGUACUGUUCAUGAUGAUACAAACCAGUCCUGUCACUUUAUCUAUCCCGCAAAGAAUUCUCAUCUCAAUUUACCAUCAAAAUCAAUUAACCAGGGCUGGCAAGCAACUUGUGAUUACCAGUUACCUGAUGACAAACUAUCUCACUCCACUAUGGAAUACCAGGACUUUAGAAUCUCCCAUGUCGUUUUGGUGUCUCUGAUAGUAUCCGACCGUCAUACUACAAGAACUAUCUCUUAUCAAAUGGAUGUUGACCUGUUAAACAGUCAAGUUUCUCAACUGGAUGAUCGUGAUUAUCUCAAACUUCCUGCUUAUAACUGUGUAAUGACUCCUCAGGAACUCCAAAAGUUACACAGCCAUGGUCUUUACACAUGUCCCCCUUCUUAUGAAGAUUCCAUUGCUGUCUAAUUUAUUUGUUUAUAUGAUUGCCUUGAUGGUAAUUUUCUGUAAAAUAGUAAUGAGUCACACAAUACCCCUCUCCUGUACAAAAAAAACAUAUAAAUAAAUACCUCAUUACAAUAUGGA